AUGAAACGCAAGUUUGGUUUGAGGCUGACACCGAUUAAGGUGACUUCUUCGGCCAUACCUUCACCUGCGGUUCACAAUGUGGACCAUUUUCUUUACAACGGCGCGGAAUCGCCCGUCUUCAUUCCCGCCUCACCCUUGAUCGUCCGCCGAUUUCCAUUGACACCGCUGGUGGACUCGCAAUUGCGACAUUCAUGUGCUCAGCUACUUCGAGAUAUUGCUACUCGUCAAACGAACCACGAUGAUGGCCACAUUGCAUUCGAUGACAGCAUUUCGCGCGAGGGCACUCGACAGGACCGUCAAAAGAUAGCCUUUGAGCAACCGCCUCAACUACCGCCGCUUCAGCAUCACCGCAGGCCCUCGGAACCGACUUUCAGCGUCCAAGAUCCCUGGAGUCUCAGCGACUCGACAGGAGAGGAACAGGCACCGAGACAUGCAGCAGGUGGCUUUGGUUACAGUAGUGAUGAUAACGCCACGGCGUCGUACACACAACCAGAGCAUCACAAGAGACAUAGCUCGGUCGAGCCUGGUUCCGGACUGGCCGGAGCGGCAGCGUAUCACAUCAACCGAUUCCGGAACCCUAUACCGGCUGGAGCCUCAUAUGGCACCUCUUCGUCGACGAGUCGCUCCAACACCACCACCGAUCGUUCUUUUACCCGCUCAACCGCUGUCACGUCUGUCGCCAUUUCGCCCAGUCUCCAAGAUCGAUCAUUCUCCAAGGGAGGAACGGGCACAGUGUCGCGCGUGGGUUCAGUCGCCAAGAAACGUACCGCCACACCUGCUUCGCAACCGACGGGCCAUUUGAGCCGAGCGAGCAGCAUCAAGGAAGGAAUCAAGGAAUACAUUCGUCCCCGGUCAUCCUCGGCCAGUAUUCGCAGCAAGCGUUCGCAGCGCAGCGUGGAUAGCUCCAAGGAAUCGUCUGGGCCCUCGUGGUGGAGCGGCAUCACGCGUCGGUCAAGCCUCAAGGCAGCGUCGCGAGAAAAGAAGCAGCAGCAAAAGCAGCAGCAGCAAGAGGAAGAGACUCGAACAUACUUGAAUCGGGCGCUCCCGCCCUUGCCAAGUCUCGACAUGUGGGACGCGGAUGCGAACAAGGAGACGCCGCCGGAAGGAACAAUAAGAUUGAUUGACUCGUCUGCCAAGCAGCCGGAUAAUAAGAAGCACGUUGCCAAUAUGAUGCGUCAACAGCAACCGUCGAAAACAUCUGGUAAAUCCAAGCAGCAGCAGCAGCAUCAAUACACGUCCAGUACGGAAAGCAAUGCCGUUGUCGUCGACAAGUAUGGAAUGCAUCGUGCCCUCUCCUAUGACGAGGAGCGCGCACGAGAGCAUAGGCUUCGACGUACGGUUGAAGAGAAGAUGCGCGGCGCUGCUGCUGCUGCUCAGGGAAAAGACACCGCUUCAGGACGAGACACUGCUUCGUCGGACGCCAAGCAGAGGAUGCAAUCAAGCAGAUCUCAGCAAUCGUAUUAUGGGCACUCUGGAAGCCGACCUGUCGACGCGCAUGAACUUGCUCAGAAGCUAUCGCGCAUGGGUGUGCACAAUGACGAUGACUCCAAGGAACACGAGAAUUCGCCGGGGUGGAGAAAGAAGUUGACCAAGUUUGGACUCGGACUGAGUAAGAAGCAUUCGCGUCAAGAGCUCAGAGCAGAGGCUUGA